AUUGAUGAAUUAGUAAUGCUGCAGAACCACGAAUCCAUCUCCAUAUACACUGAUCUGACCACCAUUUCUCUCCCACUCUUCACAGAUGAUAACUGUCGUCUGGGAGAUUAUAAAAAAUUGAAGACCAAGAUGUUGGACUUGCACGCUCAGAGGUACUUGACCUCUGGUAACCAUGGCAGCCAUGAGAAGGAAAUGGCAACUAGGAAGCAUCUGGUGGAUAUGAUGUUCAAGCGCUUUGACGCAGAUGGUAAUGGAAGAGUUGACAGCAGUGAGCUCUCACAGGUUAUCAAGCAGGAAGGUCUGAGCAGGACGGCAUCAGAGUGCACUCUCUUCGACCUGUUCAAAUAUAACGACGUCAACGAUGACGAACACCUAACUAGAGAGGAGUUCUACGCAGCUUUUGAGGUCUAUCAGCUCAGCCUUCCCGAAGACCAAAAGCUGAGCAUCACCACAGUAACGGUGGGUCAGAGCGCUGUUCUCACGUGUGCCAUCACUGGAGACCAGCUGCCGCCAAUCAUGUGGAGACGCAACAACCACGCCCUCAACAUGUUGGAGCUGGAGGAUAUUAAUAUCCCCUCUCAGGAUUUCGGAGAUGAUGGAUCGCUGUACAUUACCAAGGUGACCACUACACAUAUGGGCAACUACACCUGCCAUGCAGACGGCUACGAGCAGCUUUUCCAAACACACACCCUGCAGGUUAAUGUGCCCCCUGUUAUCCGGGUGUACCCAGAGAGCCAGGCACGCGAGCCGGGGGUCACAGCCAGUCUGCGGUGCUACGCUGAGGGCAUCCCCGACCCACAACUCUCUUGGCUGAAGAAUGGCAUGGACAUCACAACAAAACUCUCCAAACAACUCACACUUCAGGCUAACGGGAGUGAGGUGCACAUCAGUAAUGUCCAUUUCGAAGACACCGGCGCCUAUACCUGCAUCGCUCGUAAUGAGGCGGGUGUUGACGAGGACAUCUCCUCUCUAUUCGUAGAGGACUCCGCUCGGAAAACGUUGGCAAACAUCCUGUGGAGAGAGGAAGGUCUGGGGAUUGGAAACAUGUUCUAUGUGUUUUAUGAGGACGGUAUUAAAGUCAUCCAGCCAGUGGCCUGUGAGAUUCAGAGACACAUCAAACCCAGCGAGAAGCUUCUUGGCCUGCAGGUGAGCUGUCAUAUAAAAAUUUUUUUAAAGUACUUGUAAAUGUACAACAUAAAC